AUUUUUAAACGUUAGAUUAACCUUAAAGUCCUAAACAGACACAAGUCUUUUAUUUUUUUAUUUUUUCACGAUCUCUUAUUUUGAAAGCCGGAGUCACGUGUGGAGACUGCAGUGUUGGGGAAAUGCUGAGAUCACUGCGUGCGAUCCGUGUGAGUUUAUCAUUACUGACACCCAGACUCCAAUGUUGCCGCCCGUGCCAGACACGGACAAACCAGCAGCUGAUGAGGGCCAGUUGUCUGUCCGUUCGUUCCCCACAGCGUCAAGCAGCCGUUCCAUGCUCGGACCUCGCGUCGAGGAAGUACACUUUAAUCUAUGCGUUCCCUGCCAUCCGAGUCCUGCGUGCGCUCUCCAGGCUCAAACUGGCUCAAACCGGCAUCACCGGCGUCCUUCUGCCGGCAGUCUAUUGUUUCUACCUUCAGGGCCACGCAUCGUUCGGUCUUCUGAGCUACACCACGGGCAUUGCUGCGUUCGCCGGCGUCAUGCUGUAUGCCAUCAGCCACUAUGUCCGGCGAGUGGUGGGAAUGAUGUACCUGGAUCACACAAACACCACUCUGAAGGUGGCCCAUCUGUCUUUCUGGGGCUACCGGAGGGACAUGUAUCUGCCCGUGUCGGAUGUAAUGACUCUGGGAGACACGGGAGACUCGCCAGGCGAGGUUAUAUUACGGUUGAAGCGCUACAGCUGCUCAGAAACACUCUAUUUCUCCACCCGGCUGGGGCACGUGAUCGAUAAAGAUGCGUUUGAGAAAGUGUUUGGGACUUUGUCUCAAUAGACUCCUUGUGUGUUCUCAUCUGUCUGAAAUGAUCAUGCAUUCCGAAUUUGCAAUAAAUGUUUCGUUUACAGGC